AUGUCGAGCCCGUGGAAAAAAAUUGCCGCACCAACAAAUGUGCAAGAUCUUUCUGAGAUCAUGUCUGAACAAUUAGCUCGAGGACUCCAGGUUAAGGAGGAAUUAAAGUUUGCUGAACAACUGUCUGAUCAGCAUGUGAGCACAUCUAACGAUGUACCACAAGGAUUAAUACAACAAAUAGAACUGUCCAAUGCAAAGGAGUUCUGUGACUCAGAUGCCAUUAUUGCGAAAGUUUUGCAAUGUCAAUUCGAAAAGGAAUACGACGACGAGCUAAAGAGGGUAGAAAAGAAAAAGAAUGGGGAUGCUAAAGUAUCCGUGUCCUACGACAAUUAUUUCAUUAUCCCUAAGCAUUUGAUCUAUGAUUCAGAGUCAGAUGAAGAAGAUAUUGUGGAGAAGAAGGAUUGGGACCGCUUUGAAACUAACGAGAAAGAAUUCGCGAGUCUUCCUAAGCGUGGAUAUAUUAUGAAAGAUGGAGAGAUGGUAACCAAACAUGACAGUGUAAUUAAUGGCAGAAGAAAUGCCUGCAAAGUAAUGGCAUUCCCUCCUGAGGUGUGUACUGGUGAUGGUGCCGGGUUUGACAUGAAAUUAUCUAAUUCUGUUUUCAACAACUUGAGGGAACAAACAAAGCCACAUAAUACUCGCAAAGUUAAAGCGGUAGAACGUAAAGAAAAUCAAGCCACAUCAGAAAUGAGUAUUGAUGGACUGACCGAGUUCCUUCUACAUAAGCUUAUCAAUAAUGGAAUAUUUCAGGGUAUCAAUGGAAUAGUUUCUACUGGCAAAGAAGCGAUUGUAUUACAUGCCAAUGGAGACCCCUCUUAUCCUGACUUAACAGUUCCUAAGGAAUGUGCAAUCAAAGUAUUUAAGACUACUCUAAACGAGUUCAAAACUCGUGAUAAGUAUAUAGAAGCUGAUUACCGUUUUAAGGAUCGGUUUUCGAAGCAGAACCCACAGAAAAUUGUGCACUUGUGGGCUGAAAAAGAAAUGCACAACAUGUUGCGUUUGAAGAAGAUUGGGGUGAAUUGCCCUGACAUGGUUUGUUUAAAGAAGCAUAUUUUGGUGAUGUCUUUUAUUGGGAAGGAAGGUAUACCUGCUCCCAAGUUAAAAGAUGUUAUGUUUAAGCCAGAAAAGUGGCAGAGUGUGUACAAUGAAGUUGAGGAUGCGAUGCAUAAGAUGUAUAAUGUUGGUCGCAUGAUUCACGCUGAUCUGUCUGAGUACAACAUCCUUUGGUGGGACGAUAAGUGUUGGUACAUUGAUGUGUCCCAGUCUGUACAGCCUGAACACCCUAAUGGACUGGAAUUCUUGCUCCGAGAUUGCCGUAAUAUUGUCAAUUUCUUUGACAAGAAGGGUGUACAGGAGACAAAGUCAGCUGAUGACUUAUUCAAAUAUAUUACCGGCUUUGAAGAAGUUGACGUUAACUUAGUUGAAGGUGUCCACCCAGCAUACAACUCACUGUCAUCCCGAUUCGAGAUUGCUCCUGAUGAUAAAAGAAUUGUCAGUUACCCAUUUGAGUACUGCUUUCAAAAGAGUAAUGAGGGGAAACCUAUGACUGGCAAGAGUGCAGAUAAAGAAGAAGAAUUUGAGGAGAUGUGGACUCAUUCUCUUCAAAAUAAAUCUGUGACUAUGUCAAUAGAUAAAGCUGCUAAUUUUGGUAAUCCCAUUGAGUUAAAGGAGGAUGGUGGAUCCAAAGAAAAUGUCCCACCAGUUGUGGAUAAAAAGGUCCACUUUGGGACAGAAUUGGAAGUUAUUAUACCUAAGUUAGGCACCAGUAGUAUUGAUAAAAAGUCUUAA